CGCCGAGGCAUUGAGUAGAUUCAAUCUAGUUAGCUAGCCAUGGCGGCCACAGGAGGAGGGAAAAUUAAAACAAGAAGAUAUCAUAUCGUUUCUAAACCUUAUGCCAAAGGCAAACAGCAGGCAGGUCUGAUCAGUCGUGUGACGGACACAGUGAAGAGCAUAGUCCCCUCCUGGCUACAGAAGUACUUCAAAAACGGAGACAUAGCUGAAGGCGGGGAGGCCAGAGUGGAGGUGGAGGAGAAUAAUGUGGCCCCUCCCCCCAAUGGCAGUGGGGAAGCUGCCUCUCUCCCAGAUGGGCCCAACUCCCCAGAGCCCAGCACCAGUAAUGCAGAACCCUCUACAAGCAGAGCAUCACUGAACUUCCAUGAUGCUUUGUCACGGCCCCCUCUCAACCGCUCCCACCUACACUUCCCCACCCAGGAUGCCUCUCCUGCACUAGGGGGCUCCACCUCCCUCUUUUCCCAGCCUUCCACAUCCACGGCGCCCUUCCCGGGGAGCCCCUUUGCCGUAGCCUCCAGCUUUUCCCUGGUGAAAGAGAUCAAGGAUUCCAGCUCUCAGCAUGAAGACGACAACAUCUCCACUACCAGUGGCUUCUCGUCACGGGCUUCUGAUAAAGAUGUGCCCACCUCGAAGAGUGCACCGCUGCUCUGGUCCCCUGAGAUAGAACGCACCCUCUCUGGAUCACAGCAGGUACACGCUAGCCUCAAGAAGCCUGCCUUCAACUUGUCAGUCUUCAGCACUUCAUCGUCAGUGAUGAAUAGUUCAGUGCUGAACUCCAGUCAGCUGGGAGACUCGCCUUUCUACCCAGGGAAGACGACCUACGGCGGAGCAGCCGCCGCCAGAACUCUGCGCCCCUGUCCAGGCACCCCUUACCUGGCUCCAGUGAGGAGACAGAUCAAGGCCAAGCCAGCAGGAGUGCAACCCUGUGGAGUGACCAGCGCCACAGCGAGGCGCAUCCUGCAGUCGCUGGAGCGCAUGUCCAGCCCCCUCGCUGAUGCCAAAAGAAUUCCUUCAAUAAUUUCUCCAUUGUCAACAUCACUGAAUCACACAGACCUAGAUAUUCACCACCCCCAGGUUAAGAAGAAAAAACUGGAGUCAGCUGUCCCACCUGUGCAGAAGUUGGUGAUCCCAGCUGCUGCAGCUGUGCCUGGGAACCGCUCCAUGUGUUUCCGCCCGUCACUUACUCCAGGAGUGCCAGGCAGAGCCAUGGAAAAGAGCCACAAGGAGGCGCCUGUCAGACGAUCGCCUCAGAUCCCAGAUUCCAUACCAGCUCCCCCUGCGAGCAUAAGCAGUCUGUCACACCCACUGCUCAGCACACCCACUUCAAGCAGCGCAGGAGGCAAGAUGAAGAGGGAGAGGAGUGUGCGGCCUUCCUUGAAGAGACCCGAUGAUGAGACUAUUGGAGCAUCAGACCUGCCUGCCAUCUCACUCCCCAUAAGCAGCUUCAGCCUGCCCACAUUCAGCUUCUCCACCUCUGUGUCCACCCCCAUCCUUCCCACCAACACCACAUCAGUCACCUCUGUCCACGUACACCCUGCUCUCACCAAGGAGAGCCCCAGAGUGUCCACUUCUGAUGGUGUGCCUUUUACCUUCUCUUCACCUAUUGUCAAGGCAACAGCUGCCAGUCCAACCUCUUUCUCUCCAUCUUCUGGAUUUACCUUCAGUGCACCCACUAUGAAGAUUGCACAGUCUGCAUCGAAUGGCAAGCUUGUUCCAGCAGCAGUAGCAGUAAAAGCGGCUGCGGACGAAAGCAAAGAGGAGUUUGAAGGGCCCUUCAAACCUGCUAAAGUCUUAAAGUCAGGCAGUGUUCUAGACAUCCUCAAAGGACCGGGCUUUGCUUCUCCUGCCCAGAGCUCCUCUGGCCCAGACAGGACCGCUCAGCCUGCCACCACAGCUCAGAGCACUCCCCCACUUCCCAUCUCCGGGCUUGGGGACAGGUUCAAGCCAACAGCAGGUUCCUGGAACUGUGACACCUGCCUGGUGCAAAACAAAUCCUCAGAUAAAAAAUGUGUGGCCUGCCAGUCACCGCAUCCCAGCACAGACUCCAAAUCGGACAGUAAAACUGCAAAGACCCCUGCUGCCAGUCUUUCGUCUUUGUUCGCCCCUCCAGCUGGAAGCUGGGAAUGUGACACUUGUCUGGUGCAGAAUAAGUCAGAGGUAGUGAAGUGUGUGGCAUGUGACACAGCAAAACCAGGGACCGGAGUGAAGCCUGCCCUGACACUGCCACCUGCCUCAGAGGCGUCCUCCCAGUGCACUACCCCUGCUCCUUCUGCCACCUCCACCUCCAUCAAGUCUGGACUGCUUGGCUUUGGUGACAAGUUUAAGAAGCCAGAGGGGGCUUGGAGCUGCGAUGUGUGCAUGGUUGAGAACAAAGCACAGGAUGUGAAGUGUGUAGCCUGUCAGAGUGCUAAACCAGGAGCAGCAGCUGUGGUUCUACCUUCUGCCUCUGCCCCAGCCAAUCCUACACCUCUGUUAGGAUUUGGAGACAAGUUUAAGAAACCUGAAGGCAGCUGGGAGUGUGAUGUAUGCUGUGUUCAGAACAAGGCUGAAGACCAGCAGUGUGUGGCCUGCCAGUCAGCAAAGGCAGGUGCUAAAGUGGAGUCCCAAGGUUUUGGGUCAUCAUUUGGUAUUCAGUCAUCAAGCACAGGAUCAAAACCAUCUGGUUUCAAAUUUGGUACAAGUUCUUCAAAUUCAUCCACUGAUGGACUGAAAUUUGGUGGCACUUUUUCAGACUCCACCACUGUGUCCUAUAUAUUUGGUAAUGCUUCCUCAGAUGCUACUUUGGGAUCUGCAGGCUUCAAAUUUGGAGACUCAACCACAGACAUUUUUGAAGGAUUUAAGUUUGGAGGAGCAUCAACGGAAUUGACGUCUGCAGACACAAUUUCUUCAUUGGAAUUCAGUGUUGGCAAUUCCACAGAUGGUAUAGAUUUUGUAACGGCCCCUAUCCCUGUGUCAGCAAAUGAAGAGAAAAAGAAUGAAUCUCUGAAUUCUGGCCCUGGCUUUAAGUUUGGAGGAAGCAGUGGAAUCAGUUUUGGCUCUGCAGUUGCUAGCAUGACUACCACUUCUGCAUCACAGGGCUUUUCCUUUGGACUCUCAAAACCUGAGGCCAAAUCAGGAUCCACUUCAGCAUUCAGUUUCUCAGCAGCCAAACCCAAAAGUGAGAAUGAUGCUCCCUCUUCUACAGAAGUAUCGGCCACCACCACUAUCACCACAACAGUCACCACAGCUGUGGGCAACACUAUCCCUGGUUUUGGUAAGCUGCCAGCAGCUGAGUCAGCUACAGCAGCUCAAUCUUCAGGUGAAACGGCUGCAAAGGAGCCAGCCUCGGCAACAUCAGCCUUCACGUUUGGUAAACCAGAGGAGAAAAAAGAUGCCUCUGUGCCCUCAUCUGGAUUCCUGUUCAGUGCAGCCAAGGAGGCAGACAAACCUACACCUCCCAUGGGCUUUUCUUUUAGCAAGCCAGACCCUCCAAAAGAACCCCCUAAACCUACAUUUUCGUUUGGAAAAUCUGCUGAGCCCACAGAAACCCCAAAGCUGGCCUUUGGCUUUGGUCAAAAUGCACCAGAAACUGCUGCACAAAAACCUGCGUUUGGCUUCAUGGCAAAUUCGUCCAGCAACCCGGCGACUUCCAGUUCUGCACCCAGCCUUUUUAGAACUUCUAGCAGCUCUACGAUGGCCCCCACGCCUGCUCCAACCAACACUUUCAUCUUUGGACAGAACUCCUCUUCCUCCCCCUCCUCCUCCAUCUCCUCCUCUGAUGCACCUCCUGCAAAGACCUUCCUUUUUGGGCAACAGCAAGAGAGCCAGCCAGCCUCUGUAGCACCCCCAGCUGCCCCUGCUCCAGCACAGCCAUUCGUAUUUGGUUCAGGAACCAACUCAGCCACUCCCACCUUUUCCUUUGGAACUGCUGCAACUGCCACGCCAGCAUCUGCAGCUCCUGCUCUCUCCGCUGCCCCUUCUCUGUUUACAUUCACUUCUGCCACAUCCUCCUCGGGUUUUGGCUCUGGGCAGACGUCCAUCUUUGGACAAGGCUCAGCCCAGCCCAGCGCUCCAGCAUUCGGAUCAGCCACCCCCUCGUUCUCAGCCACGGCUUCACCGGCCCCGGCCUUCGGACCCAAGCCCAGUUCUGCUUCUGUGUUUGGUCAGCAGGCCAAUGCCACUCCCACAUUUGGAUCCUCUCCUGCCUCUGCUGGCCAAGGAGGUUUCCAGUUUGGAGGAGCCAAUGUUUUUGGGCCUUCUGGUAGUAGCAGUGGUGUGUUUACCUUUGGAGCGGGGUCUGCUGCUGUAGCCAGUCCUGCAGCGUCCCCGGCCUUGUCCACCCAGCCGCUGGCACCUGGAGGAGGCUUCGGUUUCUCCCAGCCCCCAGCCUUUAAUAUUGGGUCAACGAAGAGUUCCUUCAGUGCAACACCCACUGGACAGCAUUCAAUUGCUGGCCGUAAGAUCAAAACAGCUGUUCGACGUAGAAAGUAAAGCUGGAAGAGUCUUGGGACUGCCUUAUCAAUGAACAAACACUGAAGUACUUAGUAUUUUGAAUGUGUCAAUCUGAUGGCUCCUUGUGCCAGGAGAUUUGUUUUGCAGUGAAGGGUCAAUGGUAAACCCUGGAGCCCUGGCCUAGGGACAGAAUCCGAGACUCCAAAAAUGCAAAAUAUUUCAAUACAAUCAAGUAAAAACCUUACCUUAAUAGGAAAGGUGUAUAUAUUUUCACCGUCUGCGUUGUUGGCAGGAUUUGCGCAUGACUGUUUUUUACGUAAAAAAACAAAACAAAAAAACAAAAACAAAAAAAACCCAAAAACAAAACAUACAAAAACAAAUUUAGGAAAAUUACAUAGGUUUCACUAGGGUGACCAGGUUAAUAAACUGUAAAUGGCAGAAACAUGGACUAGUUGCUGUAUGUACAGAGGCAAGGGUGUAUACUGAAUGAAGCUUUUUAUUUUAAUUUACUAUAUGUGCGCUGAUUGAUGUGUGCAUGUGAUGUGUGGUUUCUUUGUACAUGCUGAGCUGUUCUGGUUUGGUCUGGCACAUGAAUGUGUUUCAGAUUGGUGGGUUAAUGACAUGGGCCAUGCCCAUUCACUGGAAACUAAUAAGUGGAACAGAAAGUAGCCCCAGAACUUUUCUCCUCUGUAACUGUAGUUCCUAAUCUGUUCAUUUAUCGUGUAUCCCCUUUAGUAGCCGCAUUUCACCUUUAGCCCUAUCCCUUGCUCUGUCCUUAUUCUGCCCUUCAUGAUCAAUCUCUCUGUCUCUCUAAAUUGCCCUUUGAAUAUUAUUAAAAAAUUGUAAAUAGUAACAUUUUUUUUAAAAUCUGAACCUUUUUGUGUGUUAAAUGAUCUUUUGUUCAGCAUUUUGUCUAUUAGAAUUUAUGUAAAAGCCCUUUAUUCAAAGUUGCCCAAAUCCAUUUAAAAAUAACCUUAAAUGCAAAUUGGGGAUCCUUUGAAGACUAAAGGUAUAUUGGCAUUUCUGAUCCACUUUUGUUUGGACCAAAUCCAGUAUUGUAAAAAGUAUUAAGUAUAUAUUUUUCUAUUGCUUGUUUAAAUGGACUAGGGUGACUUUGGAUAAUAAGGACAUCUACUUAAUUUUAAAGCCAUGAAAAUUAUUACUGAACGAGUGUUGAAAAUAAAACCAUGGGUAAUUGCUAUCAAUAAAAUAAUAAAAGACAAGUGUGUUCAUUUCAA